AUGCCAUCUCCAUCACCACACCAUAAUGCCACCUCCCCACGUCAUGCCACCAGCGGCUUGCCGGCGAGCAAUCACACCUCAGACCCCAAUCCAGCAUCAGGUGCAGCGUCAGGUGCAGCUUCAGCUUCAGCUACGCCGAGGCCGAGCUUGAUGAAACGACAGUCGUCCCAAUCGUCGCAGUCGUCUGUACGCCUCAAAGACGUGGUCAGUCCUGGAUCGGACCACCCACUCCGGGUCAAAUCACGCCACACCAAGAUCGUCCUCCCGCGCAACCACAGCAGCGCGCGCAACCUCGCCAAGCUCAACCGCCAGGCGCAGAACGUCCAGGCCCAGGCCCAGGCCGGCGAUGAUGGGCGCAAGCACUCGCGACAACGCUCGCACGAAGGCGACACCGAGAUACGCCUGCCUGGCAGCCUGGACGAGUCACGACCGCAGAUGAAGAGGAACUUGACAGCGUACCAGUUGCCUCGCAAUACCUCGCACGCGAAGCUCAAGAAGAACCUCUCACACGGACAGCUGACCAGGCUUGGAUCCGGCAGGAAUUUAGUGGCCAUGGCCUCCACAGCUCACCGAGCCCCUCCGUCGCCAGGCCUGAAGGGAAAGAGCAAACGUCCCAAGUCUGCCGAGAUCGCUGGAGCUGGACAGGAGUUGAAUGUACGGCAGGCAGAGCCACGACGAAGGUCGCAAGAAGAGAGGCAAACUCAACAGCCAGAAUAUGCCAGAAGAGCAUCCAACAAAAAGGUCGGCUUUGCAGUCGGUAGUGUGGACUCGAGCGAUCAAGAGGAAGUGCCAGAAAUGGAAGGCAGCGGCCUGCAAGAGGACGAGUGGACGGAAGAGAGUGCCAGUGCCAGUCCCUACAGUACGCGCCAGAACACAGCCAACAAUUCGCGGAGGGCCAGCAUGAAUGUGGAGCGCACGGUCGAGAAGCAGACCCCGGGCCAGCUUCUAGGCAUGAAGCUCUCGGAGCAGAUGCAAAGGAACGAAACCACGCAGCAGAAAUCUACGGCAGAGGUCAAUGCUAGCAGCGACAGCGACGAGGAUGAGCCCCCAAGCCCUCGUUCCAUGGCUCGUGUUAGGAAAGCAGAGGCCUUAAAGCCGAAGGAAGAUGUGCGGCGCUCACCUCAAAAGCCUCCACAAAAUGAUGGACGACUUACAGAACGUCAUGAACCUGUGCGUGAUGAAAUGGCACUGACUCAGACACAACCACAUCAAGUGCGAGAACCUCAUUCUCAUCCCGUUGAGCAAACACCUCCCACGGCCGCCAUUUCCAAGACUGUCCCUCAAAUUCCAUUUGCCAGAGCGAAAGACCAACCCGCAGGAGAAGCUCCAAAAAGUUCUCAAGCCAAAGACUACGCCAACCCAGCAGCUCGCCGUCUUUUGAGCAGUCAAAAACUGGCUGGACCAGCUGUUCUAAGCAAUGUGAGCGCAUUGGACGACAAGCACAGCCAACGUGGCUCGCCAGCCCCUUCGAUGCAGUCUUCCAGGUCCAAUAUUGGAGACGGAGCUGCAGACGAGGAUCAAGACGAGCUGGUCUCAAGAUUCAUGCCGAGUGCUUCGCAUCCUUCUGGCGACAGCGGCGUCAACACUGCUGUUGGCACCCCGAACAAGGGCGGCUUCCACACGCCGGAGGAGGGCCACUCAUAUCUGUCUCAACACCACGAGAAAGGCUUUCAGGUCGGGCUUAUCAGCCCGGGAUCAACGGUUUCAGGCUCAUCUGGAGCCACAACUCCAGCCACUGGCCGAUCACGAACGGAACUACGAUUAUUACAAGAGAAGGCCCUCGCCGAUAUGGAGUCCAGGACUGAUACGAAACCACAUCUUCCGGCGUGGCAAUAUGACCGGCGCAAUGAGACCCUCAAAUCUUUCAUGAGCAGCACAACUCUCGGCAGUAGCAAUCGCAGCCUAGUCAACAAUGGCUUGGGUAUGGGUCCAGAAAUCUUCCAAGGACGAUUCAGAGCUGUUAACACCGAGCUCAGAGUAGUUCAGAAGUUUCGGGAUCCACUCGGCGAAGCAAUUGCGCGAUUGAAGCAAUGCAAGGGCAGCAAAUUGAGCCAGCGUUCCUCGCCACAGAAGCCGAGCGCAGCCGGGCUUGCGUCGAGUAAGAGCGCCGUUCAGCUCCCUGCAACACAGAAGGCAAGCAGUCUGUCCAAGUCGGCAUCGCCGCCAAAAGCAGCCGAGCCUCUCAAAAGAACGGCACAGAGCAGUGUCUCGUUUGCUGGCGGCGGCAGCGAGCGACAGCGCGCAAAGCGCGAAGUGAGCUUCGCAGGAGCACCUCAGACCAGAGAAUUCCAGCGCGAACUGGCUGAAGGUACUCCAUUUGAGAUCGCUACGGUUCUAUGGAACAGCUUCGAAAAGUGA